AAGAUGAGACUCUCAAAAAAUAUCUUCAUUGCAGUCGGGUUUCACACCUCUCUUUGUCUCGUGGUAUUUUGUUGCUGGCUAGUUAGCGGAUAUUAAGCGUCUCCCGGUUUGAAAUUGAUUUUGAAAGUGAUUUACUAUGACAAGGUAAGCGUAUCUCUGUCUCUGGUUUGAAAUUUAGCUUUGAAAGUGAUUUUUUUAUGUGUUUCUUUAUCGAUUUCUUUGUUUCGGCACGUUCGGCACGAUGCUAAAGCCAGUUAGCGCACAUUCAGCUACGGCAAGCGUUUCUGUCCCUGCUCCGGUUUUGAAAUUGACCUUUGAAACUGCUUUUCUGUGUUUUGACGCUGAUAUCUACAAAAUGACUGUGAUUUCAUUCCACUGGUAUCGUUUGUAAUUGAAACUUUUAAGAUGCGACUCUCAAAAAAUAUCUUCAUUGCAGUCGGGUUUCACACCUCUCUUUGUCUCGUGGUAUUUUGUUGCUGGCUAGUUAGCGGAUAUUAAGCGUCUCCCGGUUUGAAAUUGAUUUUGAAAGUGAUUUACUAUGACAAGGCGUUAACUACAGCAGACUUUUAUACCUCAACUCUUGAUUCAGCCAAGGUAAGUGCCCCCCCCCCUUAUAUUUUCUAUGUAUGUGUUCAGCUGAUAUUUAGAAAAAAAUAGGUGUGUUUAGCGUUGGAUGUCAUUUUAUUCCAGAGCUGUUGUUUGUAAUUAAAACUUUUAAGAUUAGAUGGUACAGUGUUUUUACUCCCUUCCAAACAGUAAAGUUCCUCUUUGUUUCUCAGUAGGAAAUUUAAACCAGACAGUACAAGGCUACAUUUCAGUGUUACAAGCCAAUCAGUUUGCUAAUUGCUCUGUGAGAUUUGUUUGCAAAGUUUAAGGUGUUAAGUAGGACUGUGAACAUCUGGGUCUGCUUGCUGCUGGCAUUCUGCCACAGCCCCAGCAACAAGACCGCCUCCCAGCAACGAGACUGCCUGUCAGCCUUGCAAGGUACCCAAUUUUCCAAUUACUCUAUAACAAAACUGUUGUGGGCAACUAGACUGUCUCCUAAGUUUGCAAGCCAAUCACUUUGCCAAAUGUUCUUGUAAGAUUUGUUUGAAAAGUUUGAGGUGGUAACUGUGAGCUGUGAACAUCUGGGUUUGCUUGCUGCUGGCAUUUGACCAGCGUCUCAGCAACAACACUGCCUCCCAGCUUUGCAAGGUAAUUACUUUCCCAAUUACUGUACACCAAAACGAAGUAACUGUCGUGGUCAACAAAUCUGCCUCCCAACUUUCAAGGUAAUCACUUUCUCAAUUACAAUAUACAAACUGUUAUGGAACUUUACUUAAGAAAGCUUUAAGACCGGGUAGUGACACUAUCAAUAUGUCUAUUUAAAGAAAAGAGAGAUUUUUUUUUUUGUUCUUGUAGUCAUCUUGUCUGUCAAUGUAUCAGAGGGUUAAAAUAACAAAUUGCUUGAAAUGCCAAUAAUUAAUAUUCUGUUUUUAUGUUGACAUUCUACCAGAUGCCGAAAAAAAAUAAAAGAUCCCAGGCACAAAAGAAGCGCUGGAAACCACUUGACCUGGUCGAUCCUGCUGUCCCAGUGCUCUCUGGCCACAACCAAGAUGAGGCAGUCAGUAGUUUUCCAUCUGACCAGCAGACGGCACCAGCCGGGUUAUCUUUGGAAACACAGGAUAGACCCACCUCCUUAUGUUCCCCAGGUACCAAGCAGACAGCACCAGCCAGCUUGUCCUUGGAAACGGAGAAUAGACCCACCUCCUUAUGUCCUCCAGGCAGCAAGAGUUCAGAAACUCGUCCACCAGCAAAACGAGUCUGGGCAACCGAUGAUUUCCACAUGGCAUCAAAUUCUCCACCUAAAAAGCCUUUCCACAACAUAAAUGAACAACUACUGACAGAGGAGCUACAGAGCAACGCAGUUCAGCACUUCUGGUGUGUCAGUGCAACUCAUUGUCAAAGUGAUGAAAGGUACACAGAAUUCUCUCGAAAUCAUCAGUGCACAUGUAAUGCCCUCACAUUCCUGGCCUACCUUAAUGAGGAACACCAGUUCAACACAGCCCGACUUGAUAAGGUGCUUGAACAGGGAGAUGCACUCUACUGUUGGAUUAAAACACAUCUUCAGCAGGAGAGGCGUUAUACACAAAAUCAUCUGACCAUGGAGGACCUGCCCAAAGAAGUUCAUGCUGACAUAAACGUCUACAGUGUGAAAAUGGACAACAUAAGGUAUGGAUACCUGAAAGCAGCAGACAAAACUUAUCAAAGAAAAGAUUGGUGGUUGCCUCUUGCUAGUCGCCUUGUAUGUCUGUCAACAGAUGUGAGCUAUGCUUUGCUCAUGGUCUCGCCUCAGUGCAUUGCAGUUUUCCGUGACAAAUCUGGGAGGUAUGGAUUAUUUGAUUCACAUUCAAGAAGUGCAGCAGGUUUACCCCAGCCAAAUGGAACAGCAGUCAUGCUCACUUUCACUCAUGUGAAUGACCUGAUCACCCAUCUGCAUAACCUUUUUCAAAAUCAAGGCAGGUAUGCAAGAUAUGAGUUUGUGCCUGUUUCUUUCAAAAGAGUCAGCACUCACAACGAACAGCCUGCACAGUCAACUCAAGCAACACCAGGAGCAACAUCGCCACAAAAUGAUGAACCACAAAUCACAAAUCCCACUGUGCAAGUGCCUCAACCAGAAUCAGCCCAAACCUACAUGACAAUGUUAGAAAAUACUUCAAACUCAUCACAAGACAAAAUGGCUUCAAAUCGAAUCUGUGAACAUCAACUUGAAACAUCUGUUGACCCAACAAGCAACAUCCAGAAAGAACAACAAGAAAUUAGCCUCAAUAAUGAAAGUGAUAAAGUAAAAGAUAAAACCCACCAAAAAGCAAGAAAUGUGAGCAGAUUAAAUAAAGGACGACGUGGGAAAGCUAUUCGUCAAGCUCAAAAAAGUCAGAGGGAGUAUGUAAAAGCUAAAGACAAAUCUUCAACUGAAGAAGUGGCAAAGAAGACUAACAAAAAAAGACAUGAAAGAGAACGAUAUGCCUGCUGUCGUGAAUUUUGAAUGAAAAGAUU